GCCAGUAUGUGAUAAGAUAACACCUCGCGCACUCCAAUUUAAUCUCCGUCCACGGAGUUUUAGUUAAUUCAGAACCGUAGCAGAGUGGAGUUUUCUCUCUAUUUUCUUGUACAAAAGUGCUACCAAUUUGGGGAGAAAAUUACAAGAGGAAAAUUUGUGUUUUGUGAAAAAUUUUCCAACAUGGCGUGGAAAAUUGUUCUUGGAUUAUUUGCAACACUUCUCAGCAUCGCAGCAGCGCAAGAUGGCCGCAUUCGAUUUUGUUCCUCAAUUCGUUUUGCCGCCGAAUGUGAGCAAAUGGAUCGGGGAAAUUCUCAAGUUGAAUGUAUACGUGUCCAGGAUAGCAUUGAAUGUGCACAGAGGAUGCUGAACAACACAGCAGACUUUGGUAUAUUUAGUCCUGAGAGCGUCCUGCAAAUUGGAGCACUAGCAUGGGAUGGGAUGACGGUGGUGAAGGAGUUACGUCAUUUAGAUCGCGCAGACAAUGUCGUGGACUACGAAUCCGUCGUUAUUGUACGUAAUGAUCACCUAAAUGGGCUCGAGGGACUCCGUGGAGCAAAAUUCUGCCAUCCAGGACUCUUCUACGAUCGCUCACAGAGGUGGUCGGAGCGAUUUCUCAAGCACUUCGAACGUACCGUGGUUCCCGUUGACUGUGAACACGAUGGUGUGUCCCCAGCUGAAAUUGAAGCAUCCGCCAUGUCACGCUACUUCUCAGCAGCCUGCCGACCCGGUGCAUGGUCCAAUAACCCAGAUGAAGAUGCCCGACUCAAGGAGCUCUAUCCAAACUUGUGUGAACUCUGCAAUUCUGAUUCUAACUCUUGUGACUACGCUCGCGAUGGAUCUGGAUCGGAAAAUUCUCACGCGGAAGCUCUGCGUUGUCUAAUCCGUGGUGGUACAGCAGCAUAUGUUGCACUCGAAGUUGUUCAAGAUCUCUUCAAUGGGGAACUCAAAGAGCACGUUGACAGCUUCCACUACCUCUGCCCCAAUGGUACGCUGCAGAGUAUUAGCUUCAAUGAGCAACCUUGCGUCUGGCUCCGACAACCGUGGCGUGUGAUUGUUUCCAGUGAUCCAAUGGCCGUCCAGCUGCCACAACUCAUGAAUGAUUGGUUCAAUACGGGAAGGAGUGAACCAUGGAAGGAUGCCAUCAAGUCAAUCAUAACGUCGGAAAGUUCAGUAAUCCAUCGUCCCCAGUCCCUUCAGAGACUUCGUGACUACGUUCGAACCAUUCGUGAAAUUCCCAUUGACUUCAACUUCUGCUCAACACGUUCAACAUGGUGUACAACGUCUGCUGAUGAGUAUGAAAAAUGCAGAGUAAUCUCUGCCGGUGGCUUAACAUCGGGAAUUCUUCCAACAAUUGAGUGCCGAUCCCCAAGAUCCAAUGCUGUUGCCUGUCUCAAUGAUAUCAGUACAAAUGGAUCUGACUUUAUGGGUAUUGAUUCAAAUUAUGGCUUCCUGGCAAGGCAGGUUUACAAUCUGUCCGCGGCUAUGUAUGCAGAAACUGAGAGUAACAAAUACUCAUCUGUUGUCAUACUGGUACGAGCAAAUGCAACAUUUAAUGGGCUGGAGUCUCUCAGGAAUGCAAAGGCUUGCUUCCCAGAAUACGGUGGAAUUGCUAAAGUUACCUUCCUCACUGCAGCUGUUAAUCAGAAUAUCUUCCCCAAUAAUAAUUGCAACUACAGCGUCCUUCUUGGGGAAUUCUUUGGAUCAUCUUGCGUUCCAGGGGCACGAGAUCCACUCCAUGAUCCCGCAGGUCAUACUCCAGACAACAUGUGUAGCCUGUGCCGGCACAAUGUGGCGCCACUACGACCGAUUGUUGAUGAAGAUGCAUCAGUUGCAAAGAGAUCCGUUCCCAGUGAAGAUGAUGGUGAAGUUAAGCCUGCUGAAGAUGGUGAAGAGGCUCCGGAGGAUGCUCCGGAAGAUGAAGAAGUAGCACCGGCAGCUGAUGAAGAAGAAACCCCUGUUGAAGAUGAACCGGAAGAAGAAGAAGCCCUUCCGGAGGAGACGGAAGAAGAGAAGAUAGCACGACGCAAUAGACUCAAUCAGAUUGCUGGAAACUGCAAUGCAGACACUACUAAUCGUUACUUUGGGAAUCAAGGGGCACUCAGGUGUCUAGCUGAAGUUGGUGAUGUUGCCAUUCUUGAGCUGCAGUACCUCAGACAGCACGCUCAUGAACUCUUCCUCAAUCCAAAUGACUUUCGUAUUAUGUGCAAAAAUGGCAGCUUGGCAGCCUAUACAGGCUUCAAUGUAGAUCCAGGAUGUGUCAUGACGACCAUUGUUGAUGGAGAAAUUGUCGUUCGGCGCAAUUCAACAAGACGCGAUGGGAUUAUCAAUGCUCUCACCUCCCUUGAUCUCUACUUCCAGAAUCAACCUGACUUCAAAAUGUACAACAUUUUUGCAGGCGUCAAGCAUCUUCUAUUCAAGGACUCAACAAUCGGGCUUGUGCCAGCUAAUGCAACCGAUGUGAGCUCAAGUGUUCAGAACUACAUCGAUCUCUUUGAUAGCAUUGAAGUUUGCCAGAGAGGAAGCGCUCUUACGAUAUCCAUAAGCAAUUUCCUUCUAGUAGUCCUUGCUUUCAUUACAAUAGUUCGAUUGCGAUAGAAUCCUCCAUCUUUUUUUUUUGUGGGUGUUUGGAGUUCGAAAAGUCCUUGUCAGCACAUUCAGUUCAGCCUUAUUACUUAAAUCACCAACGAGAAAUCCAUCUGGUGCAUAGUUUUCAUUUUAUUUUAAGGAAAUCGUCAAGAUUAUAGAGAUGUAUCGGGGAGUUUUUAAUAAAAAUUAAUGAAUUCACUUGA